UUUCAGAAACUCGUUCCGGAGUGUGUUCCCAAGAAAACGACAAAACCCCACCCAUCAAGGCCAUGGCAAGCGCCCCCCCAUUGGAGUCAUCCACACUUGUGGGACACCCGCCUCCUCCAUCGUACGAGGAGGCGCUGGGAUCAAACCCACAGUACCAACCAAUGCCCUAUGCUCCAGCUCCAGAUAUGAAGACAUCUGUGCCUCUGUAUCCAACACAAGCCUACAGCCCCAUGUAUCCACCACCACCAGCCCAACAAGGUCAACCUGUCACCAGUCCUCUUGUAUCUGUGCAGACCGUGUACGUUCAGCCUGGUCUGGCGUUCGGGAGUGUCCCAGUGCAGGCACAUUGCCCAGUAUGCUCACAGAACGUGAUAACUCGCCUGGAGCAUACAUCAGGAGCAUUAGCUUGGCUCUCUUGUGCAGGCUUGGCCAUUUUUGGUUGUAUCUACGGCUGCUGCCUGAUUCCCUUCUGUGUGGACAGCCUGAAGGAUGUGAUACACCACUGUCCGAACUGCAGCAGCGUUUUAGGAGUCCACAAGAGAAUCUGAAGCAGCUGCAGAACAUAUGAAUUAGUUGUGUAACAUACCACUCUUUGUUUAUAAUGGGAAAAAGUUACAGUCAAUUCAUUCUUUAGCAAGAGUUAAUUCAAUAUCUGUGCCACCGACACACUGACAUGUAUUCCAACAUAUGCACACACACAUAUAUAUACAUAUAUAUAUAUACCUUAACAUACUUGUCUUUUCAUUGUAAACUGUGAUUUGACCAAAAACUAAGUUUAAUUUUUUUUAAAAUAAUUAUAUUUAAAAUCACAAUUGUGAAGAAAUCUUUGUAACAGUAGAUUUAUGCAUAAACAGUGCAAUUAUUCUCAAUUCUUCUUUCUGUAAUCAUACUGAAGUAGAAAAAAAUUAUAUAAAUAAAUAUGUAUAUGCUUUCGCACUUAAAAGCA